AUGGGCAGGAAGGGCAAGAAUGGCAAGGGCCCCAACAUCGGAUCCCAGGCAGUGGCCAAGCCCCUGCCUGCCGGCCAAGCGGCGCUGGCUGAGAUCGCCCGGGCCAAGGCAACCGCGGCGAAGGCGGCCCCUCCAGCGAGCGCCGACAACAAGGCAUCAUCAGAUGCGAAGCGGCAGGUGGUGCACGCGGCCGUUGCGCCCCGGGGCGGGCUGGUGAACCCCGGCAAGGCUUACCUAUGCUGGGUGAAUUCGGCGCUGCACGCUGUGCUGUCGUGCAAGCAGCUGACGGCGCUGCUCUCGGCCCCCACCAAGCCCGACGCCCAGCAGCCCCUGCUGGCGGUGCUGCACGAGCUGCGGCGGGUGCACCACCGCAUACUCGUCAGCCGGGAGCAAGGGGACGCGGCGCCGCUGCUGCGCGCCAUCUACGAGCUCCGCGAGACGAUCAGUAUUAACACCGACGACUUUGAGCCGGGAAAUAUGGGGAGUCCGACGAGGUUUGUUUCGGCGCUUGUCUACGUGCUCCGCGAGACCGUCGGCGACGCCGCUGUCGCCGCGCUGCUGCGCGUCCGCGCGCGCGGCGACGCGCGCUGCGAUGCCGCGGGCUGCUCUGUCAUGGAGCCGGUGCGGGGCUGCGAGGGGGCGGCGUUUGAGGGCGUGGACGUCGACAUUUCCACAGAGUCGAGCCUGAUGGAGUCGCUGGUGGUGGGCGUCCCUGUUAAUUUCAACUGCCAGCGCAAGCGCGCGGGCGGCUGCCCGUGCCAGGGCUGCAAGGACAACGUGUUUGGGCAGGCGAAGGCGGCGGCUGCGGCGGGCGUCUGCGGGCACCGCUCGCGCGGACGCCUGGCCCUCACCUAUGCUGGCCCCAUCCUGGUUGUCAAAUAUACUGGGCACCCGUGGGACAACGGGGUGAUGCCGGAGGAGCACAUGCGUAUCGUAAGUGAGGACUUCAUCCCUCACACAAUCGACGUUGCCCCUGCGAUGCCGCACGCGCCCGCUGGCCACAGCCACCGGUACUUCCUGCGUGCCGUGACGUUUGCGUGCGGCCCGCAUUUCAAGCCGCUGGUCGCGGAGGGGCGUCUGGGCGGCGGCGCAGGCGACCCGUUGGCGCAGUGGACGCUGUGCGACGAUGCCUACGUCGGGGUGUGGGGCGAUGGGUCUUACCGCGGCAUGCUGACUGUCGCCCGCGAGGCGCGGGAUGGCCAGGAUGGCAAGACGCUGAUGAGACCGGUGAUGCUAGUCUUCGAGGCGGCCAGCGGGAAGGGCGCCCCCGCGCCCGCCGCGGCGCCGCCCGUGGUGGCGGCGGCGGUGAUGGCGGCGCCGCCGGCGCCAGUGCCCGGCCCGGCCCGGCCGGCGCGGUGCCUGGCCACGCCGCCGGUGUUGGUCGAGGUCAUGGCGGCGGCGGCGCGGCCCAGAUCGGCGGUGGUGUCGGCGGCGGUUGAGGAGGCUGAGAUGGCGGCGGCCCUGCGGCUGUCGCUGGCGGAGGCGGCGGCGGCCAAGGUGGCUGGUGACGCCCGCGAGGCGGCAGCUUCCGAGGCCGCUAUCGAGCUGGCAGCCAGCGCGCAGCGGGUGGCCGCAGUGGAGGACGCCGCGCGCCGCGCCCGCGAGGCCGCGGCCGCGUCCCAGCGCCAGGCGACGGCGCUCGCCUCCAAACUGGCGAAGGAGCGUGAGCAGGCGACCGCCCGCGAGGGCGCGCUGGCCGCGAAGUGCGCCGCCGCGAGGGCAGAGUUGGCUGAGGAGAAGCGGCAGCGCCAGACCCUGGCCGGCAAGGCAGCUGGCGAGGCGAGGGCGCUGUCGGCGGCACAUGCCAACCUGCAGCGAUCAGAGGCGGCGAAGCGCGCGGCGCUGCAGCAGGCGCAGGCGUCCGCAUCGGAGGCCGGCGAGCUGCGCGGCCGCGUCGCCGACGCCGAGGCGCGCGGCGCAGCCCUCGCGGCCGCCGGCGAGCGCACGGCGAAGACCGCCGCGCAGCAGCUGGCGGCCGCGCGCGGCGAGCGCCAGGAGGCGGAGCGCCGCGCGGCGGCGGCGGAGAAGGGUGCCGCCGGCGCCCACGCGCGGCUGGCUGAGGCGCGGCGCGAGGCCGAGGCAAAGAGCGCGGCGCUGGCCCACGCGUGGCGCGAGGCCGAGGCAAAGGGCGCGGCGCUUGAGGACGCGCGGCGCGAGACCGCGGUUGCGCGCGAGCAGCUGGCCGCGGGCCAGGAGGAGGCUGCCAAGCAGAAGCGACGCUUCGCCGAGGCAUCACGGGCGCAGAUCGCCGCGGCGGUCGACGUGCAACGCGAGCGCGACGGGCUGCUGGAGAAGCUGGCAGAAGCUGAGGCGAAGGCAGCGGCGCAGGGCGCCGCAGCCGAUAUCAGCUUGUCAGCCCUCCAAGCAAGCCUGACCGCUACCCAGGGGCAGCUGGCCGGCUGCAAGGCGGCCCGCGAGGCGGCGGAGCAGGCGGCAAGCGCCGUGCGGGCCGAGGCGGCCGCGGCCGAGGCGCGGGCGGCGGCGGGCGAGGCCAUGCGGCAUGAGCACGACCGGCUGCGUGAGGAGUUGGCACAGGCUAAGUCUGAGGCCGCCGCGCAGGGGGCCGCAGCCGAGGUCAGCAUGCUGGCUCUUCAAGCAAGCCUGGCCGCCGUUCAGGCGCAGCUGGCAGGCUGCGAGGCAGCGCGCAAGGCUGCGGAGAGGGCGGCGGGUGCCGCGCGGGCCGAGGCGGCCGCGGCCGAUGCGCGGGCGGCGGCCGCCGAGGAGCGGGCCGCCGCCAGCGCAGCGGACGCGCGGCGCCAGCGCGCCGCGGUCGACGCGGCCAACGCCAAGGCGGCGGCGGCCCAGCAGUCGACCAUGGCGGCGCUUGUCACUGCAGCCGUGCUCGGAAGGCGCUUCCGCAGGGCCAUGAACAACAUCGUGCGCGCCACGCGCGCCGGGAACGCCGGCCACCGCGCGGCGCUCGCGGCGGCGCGCUCGGAGGCAGAGCAAGCAAGGGCGGAGGCGGCCGCAGCCAAGUCUGCAGUGGUCGCGGCCGCGCUGCCGUCCUCAUGGCCGGAGGGGCGCCGCCUCGAGCGCGCCUGCAGCUCUGGCGGCCGCCGGCUGGCCCGCAGCAGCACGAGCAGCAGCGGCGGCGGCGGCGCGGUGGGCACGCCUGGUGGGGCUGACCGCCGCCGCUCGCGCUCCCUGCUCGACGGCAGCGGCAGUAGCAGCGGCAGGAGCAGCGGCCGGAGCAGCGACAGCGGUUCGGGCGGCGGCCUGGGGGCUGGCCCCCUGCCGGCAUGCGGCGCCUCGGCCGGUGCCGACGCCCAGCCGCCGCAGCCGCCGCAGCCGCCGCAGCAGGGGGCGGCCGGGCCGAGCGGGCCGGACCAGUCCAAGGGCUGCAGGGGCGGCGGCGUCUGCGGGGCUUUCUUGAAAGCGGCCAUCCACUGCUACGGCGGCAGGAAGGCGCGGGCGGCCACUGCCUGA